AUGAUACAGUCCUUUAUCAAUGCCGGUCUCACUCGAGAAGAGUUGACACAGGAGGUCUAUGUGGAAACAAUAGCUGGAUCAGAUACGACAGCCACUGCCAUCCGCAUGAUACUGCUGUCGCUUUUAUCGAACCCUUCCGCGUUCGCAGCGCUUCGUACAGAGAUAGAUGCUGGCAUUGCUGCUGGAAUGCUGAGCUUUCCGGUCAGAGACUCAGAGGCCAAGUCCAUGCCAUAUCUUCAGGCAGUCAUCCGAGAAGGACUUCGUCUCUACCCACCCUCAACCGGCGUUGUGAGCAAGGAGGUGCCGCAAGGAGGCGACACCAUUCACGGUUACAAAUUGCCGGCAGGAACGCAGCUAGGAGAGAACGUCUGCAGCAUUGGGAGAACAAGAGAGGUCUUUGGUCCUGAUGCUCAUCUUUUCAGGCCAGAAAGGUGGAUUGAGGCUACAAAUGACAACGAGAAGUUCAGGAUGAUGGUUGCAACUACAGAUCUCGUCUUUGGAUUUGGCAAGUUUUACUGCAUGGGUAGAAAUAUCGCGCUCAUGGAGUUGAACAAGAUUUUCGUCGAGCUCCUUCGGAGAUACGACUUUGCCAUUGCUAAACCUGAGAAGCCGUUGAAGCUUUGGAGUGCUGGAUUUUGGAUCACGCACGACUUUUGGCUGAGAAUCUCAAGGCGGAAUGGCCGGGGAAAGUAG